AUGUUGCAGGCGGUCGCUGCUCGCGCCGCGCGCGUGUGGCGGAGGACGGACGCGAUGGUUUCCUUCGACAUCAACGACCGCAAGAAGAUUGGGCUGGGCUUGACUGGGUUUGGAGUUCUCUUCUCGUUUCUUGGGAUCCUCAUGCUGUUUGACAAGGGGUUCUUGGCAAUGGGGAAUAUUCUCUUCGUGUCUGGUGUUUCACUAACCAUUGGCCUGAAGUCAACUGUACAGUUCUUCACCAAGCCUAAGAAUCACAAGGGUUCGAUUGCUUUUGGGAUCGGACUUUUCCUCGUCCUCAUUGGUUGGCCUGUCUUCGGAAUGAUGGCGGAAUCGUAUGGCUUUGCCGUGCUGUUCAGCGGCUUCUGGCCUACUGCUGCUGUUUACCUGCAAAAGAACCCCACCGUCGGCUGGAUUUUCCAGCACCCUUACGUGACUUCGUUGCUCACCCGGUUCAGAGGCAGACGAGUCCCCGUGUGA